AUGGACAGCGACGACAUCAACAGUGCUCCGUGCUGGGAAUGUAUUGACUUUAAGGAGCUUACCAUAUGCGAGGUUAUUGGUGGAGGUGGCGUCGCUUUAGUGCAUCGUGGAAUCUACCACAACAACUCAGUUGCUUUAAAAAUACUCUUUGAUCCGCGUGUGGAUGACGUACUAAAGCAAGAAUUUAUGGAUGAACUGCUUGUUAUGAGCAAAUUGAAACAUCCGAACGUUGUCAACUUGAUCGGAGCAUGUUUAGAGCCGCCCAAACUCUGUAUGGUGAUGGAAUUAUGUGACUUCUCACUUCAUCAUUUGCUUCAUGGAACCAACACGUAUCUAAGCUCGCAACAAAUGACCCGAAUUGCUAGCGAUAUUGCGAACGGUAUGCGAUAUUUACACUCAAGAAAGCCUGCAGUUAUUCAUCGUGAUCUUAAGAGUGCAAAUGUUCUGCUGGAUUUCAAAGGGGUAAUGAAGUUGUGUGACUUUGGUCUCGUUCGGACAAAAUGUACAAAUGCUGGAACACCUAGCUAUAUGCCUCCAGAGCUUUUAAUGGGUCAAUCAUUUUCCAAAUCAGUGGAUGUCUAUAUGUUUGGCAUACUUUUGUAUGAGAUUUUCAGUCGUGACAUUCCAUUUCGAGGAUAUGACAUCGUAGACAUCAAGCGACAUGUUAUAGCUGGUGAGCGCUUUCGAGUUCCGACUUUAGAUUGCCCGCGUGAAUGUCAAGACUUAAUGAAGCGAUGUUGGGAUGGCGAGCCAAAUUGUCGACCUACGUUUGAGGAAGUUUAUGAAAUCUUGCAGAACGUUUCAUUCUCUCGAUCAUUUAAAGCCUCUCAAAAUGUCCUUGAAGGAGAUGCACUUGAUUUUCUACUUAAUGCAAAGUAA